AUGACCGGCGCCAAGUCCACCACGAUUUCCUCGGUUCACUCGAUCAGCGAGGCCAGCAAGUCUUCUACUGGCAAAGUCACCUCGACGUCUGUUUCGACCACCACUGGCAAGGGCUCCAGCCUUCCCAAGACCUCAUCCGCCUCUGAGACCUACGGAGUUCCAUCUGGCAAACCGACUUCUACCGUCCCCACGGCCAAGGGUCUCGACAAAGACUUCCCGGACAACGUUCCUUGCACUGAGUUCCCUUCUGACUAUGGUGCGAUCCCGGUUGAGUACAUGAACCUCGGCGGCUGGAUCGGCGUGCAGGUUCCGAACAUUGCCACUGCUGCCGGAUUUGACGACAUCGAAACCAUGGUUUCCAACCUCUGUGACGGCGAGGACUGCUGCGUCGAGGGCGCAUUCUGUUCAUAUGCCUGCCCCCCUGGCUAUCAGAAGUCUCAAUGGCCCAAGACUCAGGGCACAACUGGACAGUCAAUCGGUGGAAUCCAGUGCAGAAGCGGUAUGCUCCGUUUGACUAACCCUGACGAAAAGAGGCUCUGCAUUCCUGGAGCCAAAGAAGUCAAUAUCCAGGUCGAAAACAAGCUCAACGGCUCUGUAGCUAUCUGUCGCACCGACUAUCCUGGAACCGAGGGCAUGACCAUUCCUCUGGAGACGUAUCCGGGAGAUGUCGCACCCUUGACCUGCCCUGAUCAAAAGACCUACUAUCAGUGGCAGGGUAAAUCAACUUCCGGACAGUACUAUGUGAACAACCUCAACGUUCCGGCUUUUGAUGCUUGCCAAUGGUCUGAUGGAGAAGAGCCUAUCGGCAAUUGGGCCCCGUUGAACCUUGGUGUCGGAUAUGCCAAUGGCGCCGCAUACCUGGCCAUCUUCCAGAACAGGCCCACGACUUACUCGAGGUUGGGCUUCUCCGUCGAGAUUGUCGCUAAGCACAUGAGCGGCAAAUGCAAGUACUCUCACGGAAAGUACUGCAAGGGCGACGAUUACCAGGAUUGCAAUGAUAACGACGGCUGCACUGUUGCCGUCUCCUCGGGUAACGCUACCUUCGUCCUUUCUUAUGAUUGA